UGUGUCGAUCGCUUUCCUGCGCUUCAUUAACGAUUGUUUGCAGAGUGUCAAAGUACCGACGUCAGACAUAAAUUUCAUCUUGCUUUCAGCGUUCCAGUUGUGUCGUAUACAGUAGUCGACACUAAGAAGUUGUGUGAAGAAAAUUUGAUGCUUCGAAACACUUAUUUACAACGCAGAACAAUUUCACAAAUUGCAAUUUAUUGCCCGGUUUGGAUUGUCUGCUGUUGCCAAUUUACCAUCAACACUCUUUAAUUUAUUCAAAUUUUCAAGACCCAAGUUUGUCGACAAGUAUGGCUCCACCGACCCACUGGUACUUAAAUGACAACGUAAUAAAUGAUUAUUUUAAUUUGAUCAAAAAACAAAAUCCGAGCGUUUAUUCCUUUGAUACCUAUUUUUAUGAGCGGCUUAAGAAAUCUGGAUACAAUUUUAUAGAGCGUUGGACAAAACGUGUUAAUAUUUUUUCAAAAAGAAAAGUAUUUUUUCCUAUCAACAUUAAAGCGAACAAUUUUGCACACUGGGUACUCGUCAUGGCGGACAUGGAAGACCAGCAAGUUGUAUACUAUGACAGUCUAAGCAAUCAUCACAAUUUUGAAAUUCAUAGUGAUAUAUUGGAAUACUUAGGCCUCGAGCACAGACGAAAGUUGGGUACACCUCUACCUUUUGAAGACUGGAAAUUAGUAAAAGCUGACAACCCCAUUCAGUCUAACGGGAAGGACUGCGGAGUGUUUGUGUGCACAUUCGCGGAGUAUUUGUCAAGAGAUGCCGUAUUUAAUUUCAGUCAAAAGCAUAUGCUCUCAUUUAGGAAAUUAAUCGCUUAUGAACUGAGUACCCAGCAACUCAUUAACAUACAUGUGGAGGAAAAUCAUAUUGAUGAGGAAAUAGAUCGUAUAACUAAUAAUUUUUUAAUUAACAAAUUAAUUUAAUUUUUGGUUAGUACCUAUUAUUUGUAAAUAAUAAAAUAUUAGUCUUAAGUAUUUAGAUUUAAUUAUAUCAGUGUAAAAAGUUGUGUAUAUAAAAUACAUAAACUAUUGACUGAUUGUAUUUAUGUAUUUUUGUUUAUUAUUCUCUUUAAAUGGUAAGUUAAUAUUAUGGGUACUGAUUAGUUUUAUAUUAUUUAAUGUUUAUAUUGUGUCCUUCUUUUUGUGGAAAAUAUGUUAUAUAAUAAGACAAUAAUAUUUUUGAAAACAUAAGAUUGUCAAAUCCUUGUUUGUGUUUUUAAAAUGUCAUUCUUCAAAUAUUGAUUAAAUUACAACAUGCAAAUGUA